CGGUCGUCAGGAUUUCGUUUUCUUUAUCUAAAAUUCUGACCGGGAUUCUGACUCACCUGUAAUGAUGUCAUCGCGUGGGUCACGUGACGUGACGGAGAACAAAAAUCGAUCCAAGCGCGAAUAAUUGCCCGGUAAACUAGAUUUGGGCCCACUUUAGUACCCAGCACUCUGGGUUGCGGUCGGUUCCGUAAUGUGCUGCACUCUCCUUCAGCGACUGACAUCUGUAUCUCUGUUCGCAUCGACUGACAUCGACGAUCUCUUGUCGUGUUAGCUACGUUUUGGUCAGAAGAGACACGACUGCUACGAAUUAAGAUAAUGGAGUGAAACGGACUGCAGCGAAUACGUCUGAUCAUAGCAAGCUGAGACUACGGACGGCUCUGAGAGAGAGACAGAGAGAAGAAGGACACAAUUCGUGUGAAAGGAAAACUCGCUGCUUUAGGGUGCGUCCUCACCGAGGCUGAAGAUUUGGGAUUCGAACCCGUAACUUGCGGUUGCGCGCUGACAAUCAAGAGGAAACAAAAAUGUGUACCAGAACUUCCUUGCUGCCGGGCGGUGGAGCGACUUUGAGUCUGCCCGCCCUCCUGACCACGGGACUUGUGGGCUUGUUGGUGGUCGUGAGGGGGACGAGGGGUUAUCCUACCGCCGCUGGCGUCGGCGCCUUGCGAGGGGUGGCCAUCUCCGCAGACGAACAGGACUGGUUGACGCAGUACGGUUACAUCGUGAAUGACGGGACGCAGGCCGACGGCCCCACAGGCGGCGGCGCGGCCCUGCAGAGCUCCGAGAAGAUCCGCGAUGCCAUCCGCCUCAUGCAGCGGUUCGCCGGGAUCAACGAGACGGGCGUCAUCGACGAGCCCACCAAGGAGAAGAUGCGCCAGCCGCGGUGUGGUCUGCCGGACAUCAGCGGGCAGGACAGGAGGCUGAGGAAGAAGAGAUACAACAUUCAGGGCAACUGGGACAAGACGGAUCUAACCUACAAGUUUGUAAGUUACGGAGACCCAACCGUCCUCAGUCUGAGUGAAAGCGACAUCCGAUACGCCGUAGAACGUGCUUUCGCCGUCUGGGCUGAAGUCGCUCCUCUGACGUUUACCGAGGUGUGGUACGGGGACGCCGACAUUAACAUAGACUUCAGACGCUUCUACCAUGGAGACAAUUUCCCGUUCGAUGGCGCGGGUGGCGUGUUGGCGCAUGCGUUCUUCCCCGGGGAAGGAAUCGGUGGCGAUACCCACUUUGACGAGGACGAGCCGUGGUCUGUGGGCACUGGCACCGGUGUGGACAUUUUCGUCACUGCAUCGCAUGAGUUCGGGCAUGCGCUCGGACUGCACCACUCUUCGUUUCCAGGGUCGCUUAUGUCUCCCUACUACAACUACUACGACAUGGACACGUUCACGCUGCCUGACGAUGACAGACAAGGGAUACAGACACUGUACGGCAGACGACACUACCGUAACCAGGAUCCUGACGAGGCCCCGCGGACCAGCAUCCCGGAGAACCCGACUCCUCCCAUCGUCAUCACCGAGAACCCCAACGUGGUCCCCGGGGCCAACCCGCCCAUCUCCCCGCAGCAGUGUCAGCCUGUCUUCGAUGCCAUCGCAGACCUCCGCGGGGAGCUCUUCUUCUUCCACAACGAGUACUUCUGGAGAAAGCGCGCCGGGGACGGCGACAUGAGCGGCCCCUGGCGGAUCCACUCCUUCUGGGAGGGCAUCCCUGAUGACGUCAGGAAGAUCGACGCCGUGUAUGAGAGACUCACGGACGGGAGAAUAUUCUUCUUCGCAGGUCCCAGAUACUGGAUCUUCGAGGACAGAUACGCGCAGGACAGGACGUACUACCUCCGGGACAUCGGUCUCCCUGACGACGGGAUAGACGCCGCCCUCCAGUGGCGACGGAACGGGAAAAUCUACUUCUUCAAAGACGACAUCUACUGGAGAUUCAAAGACGACGUCAUGGACUAUGGAUACCCGAAAGACAUCAGUAAAUGGACGGGAGUGCCUGCCUACAUCGACGCAGUCUUUCAAGCCAGAUCCCUCGACGGGACGUAUUUCGUCAAGGACGACCUCUACUGGAAGUUCAACGACGGCGUCAUCGAGGUGGAGUACGGCUACCCUCGGGACUUCGCGCUGGACUUCCUGGGCUGCACGCCGCGCUUCGUCCCCGGCGGGAGAACCCGCGACAGCAACGUCAUCUCUCCCAUCCUCGGGAACCAGCGGAGCAACUCCACGGCGGCGUGGGUAGUGUCGGCGCCGCACACCCUCACCCUCACCACGCUAGUCUCACUAAGCGUCAUGUUCUACUGGAGAACAUGAGGAGUAGCUAGAGUGUUGUGUACCGUGUUAGUUAUUAUCCUACACAGAGCCUCGCCCGCGGUCUAUGUAAUAUACAUAUAUAAUGGAGGCCCUGCUCAGGCCAACGUCACAUUUCUAAUCCGGGGACGAAAAUUAUGAUAUAAAAUACACCAACCUACACAAGACGAAAAGAGAAAAAUCGUUGGCAUUAUUUGUUUAUGUUCUUACGUAUACAUUAUUUUUCAAUUCCACAAACAGCCCGGCCGGGCCACGGUUUGUAAAUGGGAUCUAAGCUUAAGCCUAAAUCGGGAUGAGGUUUACACUUUUGUGGGGAUGGCCUCUAUCUAACCAACAGCCAGCCAAUCAGAGAAUCGGCUUUACCUAAAGAUAACAUUAAGACGAUUCCCUUAUUGGCUGGAGAGAGGCUACGCUUAUAAGUAUUAAAACCUCAAACUGUCCCGAGACAUAUUGUGUAGGCGGUGUGCGAGGCUCUGUGUAGGAGUAUAGUUCAAGAUGUAGAUACUCUGAAUCUAGGGAAAUAUGUUUUCCUUCUUGUUUAUAUAUGUUUAUUCAGAUCGAUGUUUGUGCGUCAAAUUACAUUCCAACUGGGGCAAGGUAUUAACUGUAACUGAGAAGUAAAUGCGAUGAAACCAAGAAUAGAAAAGUAGCGACUAAAAUUCCAUGUCACUGUCGGCCAUGAUUAAUUACCUACCCCCUUCGGAUUAUUACAAAAACAAUCUUGAAGAUAAUAAGAAAAAGCCCGGUGUGCCCAAUUAUGUAGGUAGUAAUAACUAAAGAUUAGAAUUUAAUAGUAUCCUGCAUAUUUACUAUUACCGUAAGGUUUUAUUUUGUUUUUGUUCUAAAGCUUGGGAGAAGACUACCCGUUCUCGACCCUAGCAUGUCACUACGUGAAUGUUAUGAAAAAGCCGAUGUUGAGGCUAGGACUUGUAUUGGUUAUUAAACUUGCAGUAGAUCUGCGAAUAUUGUAUUUUCAUAUCAUUGUAUUGUCAGAAUGGUGGAUGUACAGUAUCCAAUGUUGUUCAUACCAAUUUUGUCUCUGAACCAACGUAUCUGGACUCAGUAAUCUUUAGUGAGUAAUUUAGGAUAUGUUGUCACGAAUUCGCUUUGAUUGCAUCAAACUUUUCGUUCGUUCAAUAAAUUGUAUACUUUGACCACGUUAAA